AUGGGAAACACAACUUCUAAUCAUCCUCAAAUAACAGAAGUCCUAACAGAAUAUCCAUUUUAACAUAAGAAUUGUCUUAUCGCUUCUUAAUCUUCAUCUAGAAAAAUAUUAAAAGCUGCUUCUAAAAGAAAUGAAUUACCACAUAGAAAUAAUCGCAGAUUUGCUCCCAAUUUGCUCAAAUCCUUAGAAUUCAAAAGUGAAGGUAAUUAUUAUAUCUAAAUGAAACAAUAUAAAAAAGCUAUAGAAUCAUAUACAUAAGCUAUUGUAAGUUCAACUUAAUAAUUAGAAUCUCUAUGAUCAUGAUUCUAUCUACUUCUCUAAUCGUUCUGUGGCUAAUAAACUUCUUAAUAGAUUUUAAGAAGCCAAAUAAGAUGCUUAACAAGCUCUUAAAAUUGAUUAAUAGAACUCUAGAGCUCAUUUCCUUUAUGGAACUCUUAUUUUAAUUGAAGUAUAAAUGUUUCCAGACAUUAGUGAGACACUUAUCAAAUAAGCUUAAUUAGGAAUCAAAGAACUUGAAUGUGGUAUUAAUAUCUUUAUACUUAUAGCAUUCGAAUUGGUUAAAUUUAAUUAAAAUCAAUAAAAAAAUAAAUUAAAAGUUUUGAUCAAUUAAAAUUUAGCUAAAGGAAAAAAAAUGAUAUAUUUAAUUAGAUCAGAAAUAAAUAAAAAGAGUAUACUUAUUAUUAUUCAUUUCCUAUAGAUAUCCUAUCUCUUAAAUAAACUUUAACAGAUAUUGCACAUAGAUAACAUCAUCAUUUAAAUUGGAAUUAAAUUGAACUUAAUAUCGAUAACAAAAUUGAUAUUAUUUUACCAGAAUACUUUGUUUGCCCUAUUACUUAUGAAAUUAUGGAUGAACCUAUACUUCUUAACUCUGGUUUAACAUAUGAUAAAAAUAGUAUUCAAAAACAUUUUAAAUAAAAUGGUUAUUUUGAUCCUAUUACUAGAGAAAGUAUCGAUCCUUUGGGAUUGAUUUAAAAUAUAUAAUUAUAAUAAGGAAUUUAAGGAAUCUAAUCUUAAUAUGGAUGGGUAGGAAUAGAAAACGAAAAUGAUUACAAAGCAAUUAAAUUUGAAUGA